CACCUCGAUGGGAAAUAUGACUUAACUCCGGGAGGGUGGUGCUUAAACAAACGGUGACAGUGACUGGCCAUGUGAACACAACCAAAGGACUCCAGAUCACCGGGAAGCUGAGAUCAGCAGAAACAACAGAAAAUCCAGGCACUGCUGUCUGUAAAAGACUUCUCUUACUGGAAUUUAAUUUUUGUGACAUUCAGAUCAUCUAAAAUAUUUUUGAUUUCUCUGAAGAGACAGCUUUGACCGGUUGAGAGAAUAGUUGAUUUUUAUAAAUUGGCGGGUAUUAAAGUUCAGUGAGAAAAAAAAUAGAAAAAUCUAUUGGGUAGUUUAAGCAAAUGUAAUUUUAUUUUUGAAGCUAUAUGUUGUAGAUACAGAGGGACUAGUGUGUCUGCGGUGCCCAGGACAACCAGGCUUUCCAGCGGUGCUCGAGGAUUCCUCUCAUCUUUACGCAACUACCGGAGGGCAGCGGGCGUCAUCGCACUACUUUGGUGAAUUACUCACGCUCUCCUCUCCAGAUUUCCGCCGGUGACAACAGACCGGUGUCAACAUGCUGCAAAAUGGAAACGGAAAAGAAGAGAAGCCCAUGCAAGCCCCAAAGGCUGAGGCAGAGCCGGACUCCCCGGCUGACGACCCGAAAGUGCAGCAGCCCGCUCCCCCCGCGACUGACGGAGAGGACGCGGGCAGCGAGUCCACGCACUUCGCCUUGCCCACUUAUCCCAAAGUGGAGAUAAAGCGCAACGCAAUCACGGACGAUUACGAGAUCUCCACUCAAGUGCUGGGCUUGGGGAUCAAUGGCAAAGUUCUUCAGUGCUUCAACAAGAAGACCGGAGAGAAGUGCGCACUGAAGAUUCUCUACGACAGCCCCAAAGCCAGACGAGAGGUGGAGCUCCACUGGCGAGUAUCAGGAGGGCCGUAUAUUGUUCGCAUCAUCAGCCUGUAUGAAAACAUGCAUCAUGGAAAGAAGUGCCUGCUCAUCAUCAUGGAGUGUAUGGAGGGAGGAGAGCUGUUCAGCAGAAUCCAGGCCAGAGGAGACCAGGCCUUCACUGAGAAAGAGGCUUCUGAGAUCAUGAGGGACAUCGGCGUGGCCAUUGAAUACCUCCACAACAUUAACAUCGCACACAGAGACAUCAAGCCAGAGAACCUGCUGUACACCUUUAAAGAAAAAAACGGGGUCCUCAAAUUAACAGACUUUGGCUUUGCUAAGGAGACGACACUACACAACCCUCUACAGACCCCCUGUUAUACUCCCUACUACGUUGCUCCUGAGGUUUUGGGUCCGGAGAAAUAUGACAAGUCAUGUGACAUGUGGUCUCUGGGCGUCAUCAUGUACAUCCUGCUGUGUGGCUUCCCUCCAUUUUACUCCAACACGGGCCAGGCCAUUUCUCCAGGGAUGAAAAGGAGGAUCAGGAUGGGCCAGUACGAAUUCCCCAACCCAGAGUGGGCUGAGUUGUCACAGGAAGCCAAAGAUUUGAUCCAUGAGCUUCUAAAGACAGACCCUAACGAGAGAAUGACCAUCACUCAAUUUAUGAACCACCCCUGGAUUAAUAAGUCCAUGGUGGUUCCCUCCACUCCGCUCCACACCACCCGGGUGCUGACUGAGGACAGAGAUAUGUGGGAGGAUGUAAAGGAAGAGAUGACCAGUGCUUUAGCGACCAUGCGUGUGGACUAUGACCAGGUUAAGAUCAAAGAUCUGGACACCUCCAGAAACCCGCUGCUCAACAAGAGACGCAAGAAGGCCGCUGCAGGGGCAAAGAGCAGCUCCACGGUCUGCCAAAGUCAGUGAGACGCCGAGGACUGUUGUUGGAAAAGCAAGAGGGACAAGCCAGUUAUGACGAAGAACAGUUCAGAAGAGGGUUGAUUUGUGCAGGAGAAGAUCAUUUAGAUGUUUGCCCGGGACUCUUGAGAGACUGGAUUUUGAGGAAAUGUUCUCUGAAAUAAAGGGACAACAUAGGAACAACAGCAAAGUGAGAGCUGGACCUUUAUAACAUGUAUCAAGACUUGAUAUCACCUAUUUCUCCUGUCUGUGGUACAAAACAACAGCUAUGUUCACUAUGGUUUUUAUUUGUUUUUAAUUAUUUGUAUGUAUGUACGUCAUUUUUAGACCAUGCCUGUUUUUAAGAGUGUCUGUGUGCGGACAUGAAGUAUUUCUAGUGAUGUUUGUGUAUUUGAGGUCUCAUUUUGUAACUAUGCACUAGUGUGCAAAUCACACACACGGAGAGACAAAGCAACUGUGGACUGACUGAAACUAGUGCACUCACUAUGACCUGCAUGGUCUUAACGCUGUCAGUCAUUUGCUGCCUUCCUUUCAGGAAUUAAAGCAUCGUGUAACACUGAAUGUCUUGUUAAUAACAUUAAUAGCCUUCAACCCGAGUGAGUAUUUUUCAUUGAACACAGUAAAAUGACCCCAAACUUAUUACCCAGCAGUGAAUUUCCCUUUGUGUUACUGCUGCAGUUAAAACAUGGUGUCUUCUUAAUGGAGUUACGAGAGGCAGCACACGACCUGUCUGCUUCCUGUCAGUGUGAGGCCAGAGAGCUUCAUGUGGAAGUGGCGUAAUGUUUGGUUGUGCUACAUGGAUGAGUUGUGACACCUUUUUCUUGAGAAAGGUCUUGCUUGUGUGUUUAUGGGGGUUGAGUUAUAUGCUCCCACUAAAUAGGGGCCGCAGUUUCACUUCAUGUUUAAACAUAAGCAAGAUAAUGAAAACUUCAUCUGUCAGGUACAUCCACUCCGUGUAGAGAUUGAAUUUGUUCAUACGGUUGUAAAUAAAACUUUA